AGCGACGGCCAGCGCUGCUGCUGUUUGGGACAGUUUCACGGAAAAUAUGGCGGAGGCUGCGGCGAUUCCUCCGCAUCGCUUCUUCUGUCACUGUUGUAGGGGUGAAGUAAGCCCCAAACUGCCGGAGUAUAUAUGUCCCAGAUGUGACUCGGGCUUCAUCGAGGAGGUUACAGAAGACUCAAGUCUGCUGGACAGUAGUUCAAAUAACUUCGAUGACACGGCUUCACAUUUUGCUGAGCUAUGGCAGUUGUUGUUUGUGGAGAGGCCUUCGUUCAGUCUAGAUCUAGAAAGUCCUGACUCAGAGCGGAUCCCGGGAGGUGGUAGUGGCUCUGGGAGUCUUGGAGCGGGGUCAUUAGGCCGUAUCGUGCCAGGUGGGCUUGGUGGGCCCCUGGGGGACCCUUUAGGUGGAGGGGAAAACUGGGGUCCUGGUCGUCCUCCACGCCUGCACAGUCAAAGGAGGUUCCGAUCCAGAGGGACCAGUCGACCGGAUCGCUCUCCUGCCAUUGAGGGAAUAGUACAGCAGUUUCUCGCUGGUCUUUUUGCCAAUUCAGGAGUACCAGGAUCUCCUCCACUGUCAUGGACAGGCAUGUUGCACUCAAACCCAGGGGACUACGCCUGGGGACAGGGGGGUCUGGAUGCAGUCAUCACACAGUUAUUGGGUCAGAUUGAGAACACAGGUCCCCCUCCUGCUGAGAAAGAGAAAAUUUCCUCCCUUCCCACCAUCAUCAUCACUCAGGAACAGGCUGACUGCAAUAUGGAGUGCCCUGUAUGUAAGGAAGACUACACGGUCGGCGAGCCAGUCAGGCAGCUGCCCUGUAACCACAUCUUCCAUAGCGACUGCAUCGUGCCCUGGCUUGAAAUGCACGACACGUGUCCUGUGUGCAGGAAGAGCCUGAAUGAAGAUGAAAACGACACUCAGUCCCCAUCAGAGCCUUCCUCUCUAAACACUGAUCCCCGCACACCAGAGAGAUGGUCCUUCUGAGACACACAUACGCGUCCACCCGUCUCAGCCGAGCUUUGUGGCCCGCUGUUUGUCUAUUUUUUUUCUCCCUCUUGUUUGUUCAUUCUUUCUUAUCAUCCCAACAUACAUGACUACGGUUUGUUUACUACUUUUGUCUAACGCAGCCUUCUCAGUUGCGUCUGAUGUAUCCCGCUGUAUUUUGGUGUCUGCCCAAUAUUCUCCAAAAUAUUUUUUUGCAGCGUUUUGCCUAGCAUACCCUGUCCCGUUCCUACCCUGAAUGAACAAACAAUGGAAGAUGAGGGUAGGGUCAGGCUAUGGCAGAACAGCCCUCAGCUUGUAUUUAGAUUGUACAGUGUUAUGUUUCCCAUAGAGACAAACUGUACUCCCUGGAUAGCACCUCUUAUCAUUCAAUGUGAAUUUUUGUUGGGAUGGGGUGCCGUGUUUUUGCGGUUUAUGAAAGCCACUUUAUUCCCCAGGUCUCUCAUUCCUCACAUCCUUUAUUAUUUACUCCACGAGGUCAUAAGGUUUAGACAUUUUUUGCUUUCUUCCCUUCACCGCGGAUGUGUAAAUGUCACAAACCCAUCGGCCUCAUUCUGUUGUUUAAUUGCUGUAGACCAAUUUCGUUUCACUCUCAUUUCUAUUGCAAUGUUUUUUUCUAAUGUAAAUAAUUUUAGUUGGAAAACUCAUGUAAGGAAGACAAAAAAAAACAUUGAAAAUGACGAAUUGCUAAAUAUUAAAGUAUAUAUAAAUAUAUAUUA